UAAAAGGCGAAUAUGAGGUGGGGUUUGAGGUCUAAAUUUUGAACCCUAAGGCGCGCACCGCUGUUUAGAUCCGAGUGUUCCUUCGUCGACGCCAAAUCAAAGUUGAUACGUCUCUACAGCUGGUAUUAGAAAAAUGGCCGACGCUGAGGAUAUUCAACCACUUGUGUGUGACAAUGGGACAGGAAUGGUUAAGGCUGGGUUUGCUGGAGAUGAUGCUCCAAGGGCUGUCUUUCCUAGCAUUGUUGGCCGCCCACGUCACACAGGUGUGAUGGUUGGCAUGGGUCAAAAGGAUGCAUAUGUUGGGGAUGAGGCUCAGUCUAAGCGUGGUAUAUUGACUUUGAAAUACCCGAUUGAACAUGGUAUUGUGAGCAACUGGGAUGAUAUGGAGAAGAUUUGGCAUCAUACUUUCUACAAUGAACUACGUGUGGCUCCAGAAGAACAUCCAGUUCUACUCACUGAAGCACCUCUGAACCCAAAGGCUAAUCGUGAGAAAAUGACCCAAAUUAUGUUUGAGACAUUCAACACUCCUGCCAUGUAUGUAGCCAUCCAGGCUGUUCUUUCCCUCUACGCCAGUGGUCGUACAACUGGUAUUGUUCUGGACUCUGGAGAUGGUGUCAGUCACACUGUCCCCAUUUAUGAGGGAUAUGCUCUCCCGCAUGCUAUCCUUCGUCUUGACUUAGCAGGUCGUGACCUCACCGAUGCCCUUAUGAAAAUUUUGACGGAGCGUGGUUAUUCCUUCACCACCACAGCUGAGCGUGAAAUUGUCAGGGAUAUGAAGGAGAAGCUUGCAUAUAUUGCCCUUGAUUAUGAGCAGGAGCUUGAAACGUCAAAGACUAGUUCUUCUGUUGAGAAAAGCUAUGAAUUGCCUGAUGGGCAGGUGAUCACCAUUGGUGCCGAGCGUUUCCGCUGCCCAGAAGUACUUUUCCAGCCGUCUAUGAUUGGAAUGGAAUCUGCUGGCAUUCACGAGACCACAUACAACUCUAUCAUGAAGUGUGAUGUCGAUAUUAGGAAAGAUUUGUAUGGAAACAUUGUUCUUAGUGGUGGGUCUACCAUGUUCCCUGGCAUUGCUGACAGAAUGAGCAAAGAAAUCACAGCUUUAGCACCUAGCAGCAUGAAAAUCAAGGUUGUUGCUCCACCUGAGAGGAAGUACAGUGUCUGGAUUGGUGGAUCCAUCCUUGCAUCUCUUAGCACUUUCCAGCAGAUGUGGAUCGCAAAGGCAGAGUAUGACGAAUCUGGCCCAUCAAUUGUACACAGGAAGUGCUUCUAAGGCCCUGGCAUGGGAGUGUGUGAUGUCUAGUAUUUUACGGCACAACAAUUGCAGCUCGCAAGUUUUUACUCUACCUUUGCUUCUCUCAAAACUUCUGUGUCCAGUGUUGUUGAAACAAUGAACUACGAGAUGUGGAGGUUAUGGCAGAGAGUUGAACUGUUUAGUUGUUAUUUUUUGUAUUAAGCGUUAAACAAGUAUUCGUUCAAUGCUAAAGCCUCUGCCAUUUAUAAAUUUUUUGGUCCUCCCACCUCGCUGAUUCAAAAUCAAAUAUGCUGCCAUUUAAAUU